UAAACGAGGGGGCGGGGAGGGAGCGUUUCCUCCUGGAUCUUAAGUUUCACUUUCUGUAGCGGCUGCCUCAACCGCGGGAAAUCAAAACUCAGGCCGGCUGUUCAGCAACGCCCUCUAGCAGAGACGCUCAGCUGUGAGAAGGGAAGCGUGCAGGUGCUGCGCGAAGGAGGCUUUGCCCAACCAACCUCGUGUAAAGCGAAGCGAAGGUGGGGAGAGAGAGCGCAGACGUUUGAUGGGUCAGAGAGCUGGGCGCCCGAAGUCAAGCAGGACAUUCAAGCUGGAGGGAUAUCAGACAAUGACAGCCGAGGCAGAUGAAGAGAACGGUACAGAGGAUGCUUUGGAGAAGCGCAAAAAGAUGCUGCAAGCGAUCUGCGGAAUGGCAGACUUAAGAAAUGGAGCUGUUGGCUUGUACAAUAUUGGACUAAGCUGCUGCCUCAAUUCCUUGCUUCAGGUGUUCUUCAUGAACAGACACUUCACUAUGAUCCUCCGGAGGAUCAAAGUGCCAUUUGACCCUACUGAGCAGAAAGCCAGCAUCCCUUACCAAAUGCUCUUGCUUUUGGAGCAGAUGCAACAGAGCAAAAGAAAAUCUGUGCAUCCAGUGGAUCUUGCUCGCUGCCUCUCAAUACACAAUGUGAAAUUUCUUGUUCUGUAUGAUGCUUCUCAUCUCUUCUUGAUCCUCUGGAACCUAAUUAAGGACCAAAUCACAAAUGUGGAUCUGGCUGAAAGGUUGACUGUUCUGUACACAAUCCGGCUUCAGGAGCACCUCGUGUGUCAAAAGUGUUCGACUGAAACAAAGAAUGCUAGUAACAUGUUGAUGCUGCCGCUUCCAUUGUUUGAUUCUGAUUUUCGCCUGGUCAGGACAUUGGAAGAUUCAUUGUGUUGUUUCUUUGCACCGGAACAACUGACGGAUGAAAAUGCAUGCCACUGUGAAGAGUGUGAAAUGAAAAUGCCAUGUCUACGGAGCAUGAAAGUAAUGCAUCUUCCCCAGACGUUGAUGCUGCACCUGAAGCGUUUCUGCUGCAAAGAAGGCAGCCAUACUCGGAAGAUCAGACAUUCCUUAGCCUUUCCACAGAGUCUAGAUUUCAGCCAGAUCUUGACGUCAGAACAGUAUUAUCCAGAUGCCCAGGAGGAGGAUGAUGGGUUGUAUGAUCUGUUUGCGGUUGUUGCACACUCAGGAUCAGCAAACGUUGGCCAUUACUGCGCAUACAUUUGGAGUCUCACGGAACACAAGUGGUAUUGCUUCAACGACUCCAGUGUCUGCCAGGUAUCCUGGGAUGAUGUCAAGUGUACCUAUGGAAGAGCAUCUCUCCGUUGGGGUGAAACAGCCUAUAUCCUGGUUUACAUGAAAAAGAAUGGUGGGAAGCUCUGAGCUGAUCUUCAGGGCAACUGGAGCGAGGCUGCAACAUAUAUAUGUGUGUCCAGAGGACUCGUUAUAGACUCUGCAUAUGAGAUGACGGAUUGCCCAUCAAUAUUCAUGUAGGAGAAUGCGAGUGAACCAGGAAGUGAGACCUUUUGGAAAGAAGUAUAUCUAUAUCCGUAUCAUCUCUGUCUAUAUAUUUUAUGCAUACAGUUGCAUCCUGCAUCACUCCCCCUCCCCCCGAAGAAGAUACGAAGAGCACAUUUAUCUGCAAAUAGUCCUGGAAUGCUGCACAGUCCUACAGCCAAGAGGGCCCCAUGUGUAGAUCCACGGCAACCACCUAGUGCAGGAGACAAAACUAGAAUUUCAGCACAGGAAGCAAUGUGUAGUUUGCAAACAGUCUCCCGGUCAGCAUCUCUCUCUCUCUCAGGGGAAUGCAAAAACCAUGGGCGUUGAGGCUACUCUGCCUCCAGUUGCACUCUCUGUCCUCCAGAGGCAUGAGAAAGAGAUGCUGACCACCCAUGGAGGCUAGAGGGGAGAGAGAUCAGGGGCAAACUGGCAGGCUUAUGAGGGCAUGGAUGGAUGUGCUAUGGAUAUGUGGAUGCCUGUCUGUGCAUGGAUGUUACGCUUUGCUCUUGCCAUGCCCACUUGCUUGGGAAUGUAGACUCUAAGACUCUGCCGCCCUGGGCUCCUACUGGGAGGAAGGGCGGGAUAUAAAUCAAAUAAAUAAUGAUAAUAAGUUCCAACCAACGUAAUGUGGACUUCAACAGGCAAAUGAUUCCUCACCCAAGCUUUAGUGGUUAUAGUUCAUCCCUUAGCAUUUUAACUGUCAUAGCACUCCUAGACUUAGGAAUUAUACCCCAAGACUUGGAAACUGUAUUUUCAUGAGGAUGCUGAGGAUUCUUUUAAUAGAUCCUACUGUUCCCUCCCCCCAUCCCCACACUUUUCACAAAACUAGUUCCAAGAAUUUCCUGGAUAGAAACAAUGACAGUUAAUUCAGUUUGUCUGUGGCACAGAAUUGUCCUUAAUCUCUCCAUCUCAACCCUUCCAUGUUCUUCCUGACUUUUCUUGGCUGUUCCUUUAUAAAGCAGAACCUAGAAGAGGGUAGGGUGCAUGGCAAAGCAGAUCCCUAUAUACCCUAUACAAUGGGCAUAUGGACCUAAGAGAUGAACUAUGGAUUCAAAGGGCACAGAAGUUGCAGAGUGCAAUGCUUAUGAAAACCAGCUGUAUUAUUAAGUCUCUAGCUCAUAUACUGUGAUGAAAACAUUUAUUUAUGGUAGAUGAGGCAAUUUUAUUAUAGCCACCCACGUGCUGUUAGAUGUUUCUUUGUAUGGGCAUUAGUGGUAGAUGGUGCACCCAUUUUAGUUUGAUUUCAGUGGAAUUAAACACAAGCAAUGGAACAUAACAGAGUGUGAUACAACCCAGUUCCAUCUUGCACUCAAGUUGCUGCUCUCGGCUCCUUUGGGGAGGAAGAUGGGAUAUAAAAUUUAAAAAUAAAUAAAAUAAUAGAUAUCUGUUUGGGUAAUUACCAAGUUCUUAUUUUACCAGUAUAGAUAAGAUUUGCAUAGGACCUCUGUUAGCAUCAUAUUUAUUGUUUUCUUGUAUAUCAAUGUAAGUGUGCAAGAUAAGAUAUUUGGCAUCUGUGCCUUAUUAUAUAAGUAAACUGACAUGGUUAAUUACUACAUAUUCUAUUUUAUAUAAGUUUGUUGUCUGAAAGUAAAGCAAUUUUAAGUUAUUGUGAAGUAGCCAUGCUACUGGCAGAUUAACUAAUUUUCUUUGAAAUUGUCAUUUUGGGAAAAUGUGCAUUUCUUACUAUACCGCAAGAAUAUUUGGUUUUAAUUUAAUAUUUAGUUGUGUUUUGCUGCAUUUCAUUUUACCUUGUAAGGCAGCCUA